AUGACUUUCAUCAUCUACAACGACAAACUUGACGUUGUGCCACUCUGGAUCAACGGCGAGGCCAGUCCCCUAAAUCCAAAACUGUUCUUCGAAGUUGUCAAUGCACAGGAAAACAAAACCGUACAUUAUGCCCAGGGAGCCAACGAGGCCGAUGCUAAAGCUGCGGUUGACGCUGCGGCCGCCGCGUUUCAACCCUGGAGCCAAACAUCCUAUAGCCACCGAAGAGCAUUGCUGCUCAAAGUAGCCGAUCUCUUAGAGCAGCGUGCCGAGGAAAUAGCUCGAAUGCAAGUGCUGGAAACAUCUUGUGCUCCGGCCUUUGCCAACUUCCUACCGAGGCUUACUGCGCCUGUUCUUCGCGAGAUUGCAAGUCAGAUAUCUAACUGUCUAGCCGGAACUGUGUGCCCAACUGAGACCAACGAUACCUAUGCCUUUGUAACCAAGGAGGCUGUCGGACCCGUCCUGAUUAUCUCGCCCUGGAACAGUCCGACCAUUCUGGGAACCCGUGGGAUUGCAUCCGCACUGGCAGCAGGUUGCACGGUUGUCCUCAAGGGUUCUGAGCUCUGUCCGGCGACGUAUCGGCUGAUAGUCUCCGUCUUUGAAGAUGCCGGAUUACCAAAAGGAUGCUUGAACUUGGUGCAGGCAGGUCGUUCCGAAGCAGCGGCUGUCACCGAGGCAAUCAUUGCGCAUCCAGAACUGCGCAAAGUAGAAUUCAUAGGCAGCGCAGGUAUUGGUAGUUCUAUUGGUCAGGUCUGCAUGAAAUAUUUGAAGCCUAUUUUAAUGGAGCUCGGCGGUAAAGCUCCUGCAAUCAUUACACGGAAUGCCAAUCUUUCCAAGGCCGCGCAGCUCUGCGCCUUCGGAGCGUUUACUCACCAUGGGCAGAUUUGCAUGUCGACAGAGAGAAUUAUUGUCGUAAAGGCUGUGGCGGAUGAAUUCACACGCUUACUUAAGGAAGCAGUCGAGAAGGAAUUUUCUGGUGGUGUUGGCUCGGCAGUAACAAAGGCGUCUUCUGAUAAAGUACACAACUUGCUUGAAGGAGCACGCAAAAACGGCGCCAAAUUCCUCGUUGGAGAUAAUUCUUAUACCGGACCUCACAAAGCGGGUCUGCAGCCUACUAUAGUCACCGACCUGAGCUAUGAUGAUCCGCUCAGAGACACCGAGUCGUUUGGCCCUUCUGCCACAUUGUAUGUUGUCGAAGACGAGGUGGAAGCUCUGCGGCUGGCAAAUGAUACUAAAUCCGGGCUGGUCGCCUCAAUUUGGACAGAUGAUGCUAUGCAGGGUUUAGAUAUGAGUAAGGGAUUGCAAUUUGGCAGUGUUCACAUCAACAGCACCACGAUUAAUGACGGACCUACGUCUGCAAUCACAGGAACUAAGGGCAGCGGUUGGGGGAGUAACAGUGGUUCUUUCGGGAUAAAUGAGUUUUUGGUACACAAGACGGUCACUUUGCGAAAAUCGGAAGCUCCUAUUGAGUUCAAGUGA